CCCACGGGUGGGGAAACGGAGGCCCUGGAGGAGGGGGAAAAAAGGAGGCCGAGGAUCCUUGCUACUAACCUGAAUCGGAUACCGAUUCUCUUAGAACCCAGAGACACAGAAAAAGGGAAGGGUGUAUCAUUCCCCUUCCUCCCCUCCUCCUUUUCCUCAGCCUUAACCAUGGCGGAGGCAGGGGCCGGGCUGAGUGAGACCGUCACAGAGACAACGGUUACCGUGACAACCGAGCCCGAGAACCGGAGUCUAACUAUCAAACUUCGGAAAAGGAAGCCAGAAAAAAAAGUGGAAUGGACGAGUGACACAGUAGACAAUGAACACAUGGGACGCCGUUCAUCAAAAUGCUGCUGUAUUUAUGAGAAACCUCGGGCCUUUGGUGAGAGCUCCACGGAGAGUGAGGACGAGGACGAGGAAGGCUGUGGUCAUACACACUGUGUUCGGGGCCACCGCAAAGGACGGAGUCAUGCAACCCCAGGACCGACCCCUACUACCCCUCCUCAGCCUCCAGACCCCUCCCAGCCCCCUCCAGGGCCAAUGCAGCACUAAAUUCCUCUUUCCCCCAUCAUUCCUGUGUCUGUCUGGCCCUGAAUGUAUCCAUGUGGCUACCUGGGGGCUAAAUCCAUGGUUUGAUUUCUUCUUCAGCCCCCUCCUUCCCUUUUCUUUGCCUCAUAGAGGGAAGAAGUAGAGGAGGGUGGACAGAGAUCCUGGAAUUCUGACUUGCUGCUAUUCCGGAACCCAGUCUUCUGGGUUCUUCCAGCCCUCAUUUCUCUUUCCAGUCCCAUCCUUACCAGGGAUCUAGGCAUCUUGGUCCCAGUCUCUUUCCUUUGUUCUUACUGCCAAACUGCCUGUCCUGGGAUCCAGUUAUCUUGGCCCCUCGCACCCUCAAUUUGAGUCCCAAACACUUAAACUGGGUUUUCAGUAGUCCCAGCUUUCACUGCCAGGGUCCCAGUCAGAUUCCAGGCAUCUCACCCCAGCUGUGCUUGUUAAUCUUGGCUUAGAGCUUUUCCACUUAUGCAUUUAUAUAAUCCCUAAUCUUAGUCCUUGCCUAUAGGAUAUGAGGUCUUAUGGGACACUGCAGGGCUCCCAAAUUUUCCCCUCGUUCCUACCCCUUCAUGCCCUCAAACGGAGUUAGAGAAAGAGGUCUUUGUCAUUCUCACUUCUAAGGGAAAGUGGAACAAGAAAGUCAUGUCCUUUGUCCCCACCCUUUUCAUUUGAUGUAGGAUUUUUGACAGAGAUAAUUUGAUAUUGGUCACUUAGAGCCAACUAUCUUUUCAGCCUUUCAUCCUUUAGCUUCAGAGCCAUCCAACAUAUCCCAGGGGCCUAGGACCCUGGGAGAGGAAGGAAAAGGGAGAGAGCAAACAGAUGGGGGUAUGUACCCUGUAUUACACUCCUACCCCUUCCUUCCUAGGCUUUGAUGCAUCUGCCAACCCAGAUAUCCAGCUCUCUCAGUCCUCCCCACCCUUCACUGGGACCUGGUUAUCAUUUUCCAGGUCUCUUGCCAUGCACAGUUGCAGAGAUCAGUCAAAUCCAUAUCAGCACUGAGAUCUCAUUUAUUGCCACACAUGCACAAAAUAAAUAACCCAACAUCACAAAAUGUGUUAAA